UUUUACUCUUUCUGGCGGGAAAAGCUCACGCACUCCUCCCCCAACUCAACUGCCGUUCGUCGUUCGUGGCCGUCGGUUGUGUCCCGAGACUAGGACGUGGCUCCAGGGUGUUCCAGACCCUGGAAGGGCGUCUCUUCAAAGACCUGUGUUUCCAGAACGUUCCAGAAGUGCACGGUGGCAGCGGGCCCACGUGGCUUAGGGAGAGCAGGUGCUGGGGAGCUGGGUGAGGACAGGAGUGCGCAGGGCAGCUGGUCCUUUUCCGUCCCUCCCUGUGAAGGAGGGAGGCUGGUAGCUUUGCCAGCAGCUGCGCAGCAGCAGGGGUGGCCCAUGGACCUGCCCGAGGGCCCGGUGGGUGGUCCCACUGCGGAAAUGUACCUCUGGGAGCAGCCUGAGGAGACAAGGCUGGGGAUGCCGGUCAGCUUGGAGGAGCAAAUACUCAACUCCACAUUCGAAGCUUGUGACCCUCAGAGGACAGGCACUGUGGCUGUGACCCCAGAACCCACUGUGGACUUGGACACUUUCCUGGUUGUCAUGCGUGAUUGGAUUGCUGCCUGUCAACUACACGGGGGAUUAGAGCUGGAAGAGGAGACCGCCUUCGAGGGAGCCCUGACCUCCCAGCAACUGCCAUCUGGAUGCCCAGAAGCUGAGGAGCCAGCCAACUUGGAGAGCUUCAGCGACGAAGACCCCAGACCUGAGCUGCAAGCCACAGCUGACCUGCUGAGCAGCCUGGAGGACCUGGAGCUCAGCAACCAACGUCUGGCUGGGGAGAAUGCCAAACUCCAGCGGAGCGUGGAGACAGCUGAGGAGGGGUCGGCACGCCUUGGGGAGGAGAUCUUGGCUCUGCGCAAGCAGCUUCGCAGUACCCAGCAGGCUCUGCAGUUUGCCAAGGCCGUGGAUGAGGAGCUGGAGGACCUAAAGACUCUGGCCAGGAGCCUGGAGGAACAGAAUCGCAGCCUUCUGGCCCAAGCCCGGCAGGCGGAAAAGGA